ACCGGGGAAAAACCGUACAAGUGCUCGUACUGCGACAGGAGCUUCACCGCGUCCGGCACCGUGAGGAUGCACGAGAGAGUGCACACCGGGGAGAAGCCGCACCGCUGCGCUCAGUGCGGGAAGAGCUUCAGGGACGCGUCGAGUCUCAAAAGCCACCUGCACGUCCAUUCCGGCGAGAAACCGUUCGGCUGCGGCCAGUGCGGGAAAAAGUACGGCUCGCCGUCGAGCCUGCGAACGCACCUGGCCGUGCACUCGGACGAGAGGCCUCACGUGUGUCCGUUCUGCGGAAAGAGCUUCUCUCGACUGACCGUCUGCAAGCAGCACCAGAAAACGCACGGCGCGGCGAGAGAGCACGUGUGCUGCGAGUGCGGGAAGGGCUUUACUAAAAUUACGGGAAUUUGGUCUUUUUCCCAAAGCAGCUCUCUUCGCUGCUGUAGAUGGCGCAAUGCACCUAAAACCUGCCGUGAAACGAGAAAGAAGAAGAUCGCAAUAACGCUAGAAAUUGGCAGAAAUAUGAGAAAUAUGGAGCUCGUUACUGUCGAAACUGACGACGCGAGUCAGCCGGAACCGAGCGUAAUUGAGCAUGGAGACACCGAGGAACACACAGAAGGGGAGGACGCGAAGCAGCAAGUGCACGCGCCGAAAGAGAAGGGGAAGGGAAGACGCACCGUCCGAGCUCGAAAAACCAAAGCCGUAAAGCCUCACACCUGCUUCCGGUGCGAGAAGAGCUUCAAGCACAAAGGCCAUCUGAACACGCACUUACGAACGCACACCGGAGAGAAACCGUUCACGUGCAGCGAGUGCGGGAAGAGCUUCACCCGUUCCGCGGGUCUCAGCAAACACCUGUUCAGUCACUCCGGAGUGAAGCCUUUUAUCUGCGACCAGUGCGGUAAAGACUUCGUUACGUGGUCCAAACUAAAAACGCACCUGGACGUUCAUUCGGACGAGAGCCCGCACGAGUGCUCCCUGUGCGGGAAGCGUUUUCCGCGACUGGACGCCUUCAAACAGCACCAGAAAAUACACAGCGAGGUGAGGGAGCACGCGUGUCCUGAGUGCGGGAAGAGCUUCACCACGGCGACUCAGCUGACGCAGCACCGGAGGAUCCACACCGGAGAGAAACCGUACCGGUGCUCGCACUGCGGCAAGACGUUCACUCUCUCUGGGAACCUGAAGGCGCACGAGCGGGUUCACACCGGGGAGAAGCCGUAUCGCUGCGACCAGUGCGGGGAGACGUUCAUAAGCACCAAAACCCUCCGUUACCACAUGCACGGGCACUCCGGGGAGCGUCCGUUCGGCUGCGGCCGGUGCGGGAAGAGGUUCAAGUCGGCGUCGAACCUGAAGUGCCACGCGAAGGUCCACCUGGACGAAAAGCCUCACCUGUGCUCCCUGUGCGGGAAGGGCUUUUCCAGGCUGAACAGCUGCAAGGCGCACCAGAGGACGCACGAGGACGCCGGGGAGCAGCACGCUUGCGCGGAGUGCGGGAAGAGCUUCGCCGCCGUCGGCCAGCUGAAGCGGCACGAAAGGGUCCACACCGGGGAGAAGCCGCACAAGUGCGCGUACUGCGACAAGAGCUUCGCCGCGUCCGGGAACCGGAAAGUGCACGAGCGGGUGCACACCGGGGAGAAACCGUACCGCUGCGCCCGGUGCGGGAAGAGCUUCACUCAGUCGAAGAACGUAGCGGUCCACGUGGAAAAGUAUUGCUCCGCGUCGCAGUGAGGGCUCGCGCAUUUUUAUUCUGGGAUUUAAAGUCUCGCCGUGAAGGCAGACGGGCGGGAAACAAACCCAGUUUGAAUUGGCUAAUUAAUUUAUUCAUAAAUGGUUUAUUUAUACGUGCACUUAUUUCUCUUAAACGUACACUUUAUGCAGGCUCUGCAUUUCGCUGGGAAGACGUGUGUUUAUGUAACGUUUUUAUAGAAGUGAACGCGUUUCAAUGGGAAUUGUGGCUUUAUUGUUCAGGUGCCAGCUAUUGAUGUUAAUGACUGACCACCCAAAUCCUACCAGGUAGAAACAUUUCUGGUGUAUUUUACACGUUCUUAGUUAGAUGUAUGCUUUAUUUAUGGAUUUGUUCGAAAUAUAUUAGUUUCCUCGUGUCCAUUAAAGAAAUGUGUUUGCA